AUGCUCCUUCGAGGGCUUCGGCUCUCGAUCCGAGUGCCGGCGCGGUGUUUCAGCAGCUCGCCCUCGCCAGGUAAGCCGCGAGAGGUCGCUGAGAAGCUCGAAGAGACGCUGCCAGAUGUCGAGAAGCCCAAGUUGGAGCCCGUGGACACCACCACCUUCCUCGACCUGCAGCAGGAGGAUCGCUUCGUGGAGCGCCGCAUCGAGGACCAUGUGAAGGAGCAUGGCCCUGCCGCCGUGCCAGAGGAGUCCGCGUUUCAGGAGGCUGCGGAUCGCCUUGCAGUUGCCUCACCAGUUCCUUUGCUCCUGAAGGAUCCCAGCAUGAUCGCGGAGCAGGAGCAAAAGAAGGACAUGAUCCUGCGGAGCCACACGACCACGGGGCAGGUGCUGUGGCCGGCCACGAAGGAAGACAUCGAGAUCUUGAGCCAGUCGGAGCUCAUCUACCCCUGGCCUUUUCAAGUGGAAGGCUCCACUAUCAUCAGGCUUGUUCGCUUGUCCGACAAGGUCACCAGUCCGGUGGGCAGAUCUGUGCGCAACAGGCAAUUCGGCAUCCGGGGCACCGAGAAGUGGCAGCUCUUGGCCACUGGCUUCGUGUGCAUGAUGAUGGUCUUUAGCCUCGGCGCCUGGCAACUUCGGAGGAUGAAGUGGAAGAAGGAACUCAUCGAGAUGCGGCGGACGCGGCUGGCCAUGCCCAGAGUGAAGGUGGCCGGCAGCCCCUUUCCCUGGAAGGACCAGGUUCAAGACUACAUCUACCGAGUCGUUGAGGUGCGAGGCGUGUUUGACCACGACCAGGAGAGAUGUUCAUCGGCCCGCGCCCGGGCACCGAUGACAUGGGCGAGACGGUGCCGGGCAUGCUGGUGGUGA